AUGCUGCUGUAUUUCUUUUUUUUUAAAUUAAAAAGAAAAAAACCCAACAAAUAUUCCAUCAUUCUCUUUCUUAUUUGCUUAAUUUUCUGUUCUACCCAUUUUCCUCCUGCACUUCUUAUAUUUUUUCUUUCUUCUUGGACGCCAUCUUCCUUGUGCCUUUGCUUUUCAUUUUAUUUUUUCUGCACGACCCGAUAUUUUCCUCUUCAUUUAUUUAUUGCCACAGACCAUUUUUUGUCCUUUUCUUCAUGCAACUGCCCCUUUUUUUUCUCUAUCUCUCUCACACACGCUCACCACACUUAUUCGCUUUGUGCGAAACGCAAACGGACAUCCAAUUCUCAAAAGAAGAAAGAAUUUCUUCGACGCAAAGAGAACAAUGUGUCAACCUAUCUAUCUAUCUAUCUAUCUAUCUAUCUAUCUAAUGAGAUCUUUUUCGAAUCAAUCUUGAUAGCUGUCUCAGUCAGUUUGAGCCUAUCUAUCUAUCUAUCUAUCUAUCUAUCUAUCUAUCUAUCUAUCUAUCUAUCUAUCUAUCAAUAUUUUUCAAAUCUUUAUCUAUCGAAUUCUUUGUCAAAUCUAUCUAUCUAUCUAUCUAUCUAUCUAUCUAUCUAUCUAUCUAUCUAUCUAUCUAUCUAUCUAGUUCUUUGUCAGAUCUACAUCUACCUAUCUCAUGAUCCACAUACAAGGGCUCAAUCGGCUAACGAGAGAUUCACACAGAAAGCCAACAGGAAACUGGUAUCUAUCUAUCUAUCUAUCUAUCUAUCUAUCUGA